GUCAGUGUGGUCAAACAUGCAACACCACGCACAUGUGUGUCGCUGCGAAUCUCCCACCGAUAAACACAUGUGGGCUGAUUGAGUCACCGCACGAACACGUCCCACGGUGACGGCCUAUCCUUGAAUCGAUCCUGGUCCAUUAUCCCCCGGCAAUCGUGCGCUGCAUGGCAUUGAUCGAUUCGAUGUUGUUGCGACGAAUACAUAAUGCUGUCCGUUGUCGAGGUGCCGACCGCAGUAGCUUCAAACUAUACGACGAAGCAAGGAAUGCCAGUAUUUCGACAAUGUAAGCCGACGUCUUGUUGUAUUUGUUUCAACGCAAAGCCCCUCGAUGAUGAUGCGCCAGCAAGUCCGUUCCGCAGUCUCAACGCGAAGGGGCCGUGUUGGAGAGAGCCGAAGCGGCUAGGAGCUGGAAAAAACACAAACAGGACCGCACGACCGGCCCAGAUGUCGAUCUCAUUAGUAGCCCGGGCUAAACUAUGUGCCGGCUGCUGUUGGAUCUGUUCAUUCCCCACGUGCAUUCGCAGGAGCGCGAGGAGCUCUCAGAGACUCGUGUAUAUCACGGAACAUGCCCGUCCUCAGCCUGAUAGACUACCCUUGUUGAUGAUUCGACCUCCAUAUGCAGGGACAGUUGGUUGCGAUUUCUGCAACACAUGCACGACAAGAAGUAUAAUGUUGGUCCUCUCUCCUCACACUCAUUGGCAGACAGGUCGGGGCGAUGUUGGCUGUCCAAGUUGGCAAGACAGCAAGCAAGCGAUGGAGGGAGGCGACAACGACAACAGGCGUACAUCACUCAGGCGCCAGAGCAACAGUGUGUGCCCCGACAGCACCAACGCGAAGGCUGAGAGCACUCUUCAUACGGCCAGGAUUUAGACUUUUCACCAUGUCCUUGGUGUCUUUCAUCCCAUAGCACUAGAUGUGUGCUAGUGAGAUGCGCUACGACCGUUUGCGGCGCUUCGAAGUCACAAAUCCGCGUUGCGAGCGGUUGGUUGAAGCUUCGGGGAGGCGCGCCAACCUCUUCAUAUAUGCUGCACACGCCGUA